UGGGUAAAAAAUACCAGUUGCAACACAACUCGAACACUUCUUAUGAAAUAGAGUAGUUGGCCCGCACAAACAAAGCAUAGCGACAUAAGUACAACAAAAAGAAAAAUAAAAGCAAAUCCCCUUCGGAAAAGCAUAGUCGAAUUUCCGGAAUUAUUAUAGCUUGAAGAUCAAAUAUAAAAAUUUCAAACUUGUUUAUUUUCCCGGCAUCAAAACAACAAGCAAAAGCUAGCAAUAUCGGCAAUUUUAGGGUUUUGGAUUUCUUGUUCAAUUUUAUUCAAUCAAUUCAAACUUUUCUUUUUGAUUUUAUAUUGAUUAUUCAGUUUGGAGUGAUAAUCAAGAAAAAUGAAGCGAAAGCGUGGGCAUAAGAAGGGGAAAAGUAAGAAAAAACCAUUGAAAUCUCCUGCAUCUGCAACAAUUGCUGAAGGAACUUUCGAUAACGAUGUUGAAAGUGGAAAGACUGAGGGAAAUUCUGGGUCUGAGGAGGAGGAGAAUGAUAAGGUGGAAGAAGAAGAGUCGAAACCGAAACCGAUUCCGGUAAUGGAGGUGGAGAAGCCUUUAGAGAGGAGAGAGACUGUGGUGAAUGUAAGGGGUGAUGGGGUUUUUCAAAGGCCUCCUCCAACUGCUGUUUAUGGGCGUGUAAAGGUGAAGCUGAAAACAGCGCCUAAACCAUGUUUGGAGUCUCAGGUUGCUACUUGUUCCGAGGUUCGAGUCGCGAGUGGUGCUGGGAAAAGCAUUGAGGUAGGUAGUGUGGUGGACAAGAAAGAAGAUGGGGAAGUUGUUGUUGGUGAGAAGGUGGAGGAUAGUAGUAAGAAAUCUGGGAGUAUUAAGAUUGUGUCAUUGAAGAAUUCGAGUCCUCCAGGUAGUAAAGAGAGUGGUGUUGGUGGGGGUAUUAAGAUUCUGUCGUCGAAAAACGCUAAUCCUCCGGGUGGUAUAGAGAGUGUUGGUGGUGGUAUUAAGACUGUGUCAUCAAAAAAUUCGAGUCCUCUGGGUGGUAUAGAGAGUUGUGGUGUUGGUGGGGGUAUUAAGAUUGUGUCGUUGAAGAAUUCGAGUCCUGCUGGUGGCAUAGAGAGUGGUGUUGGUGGGGGUAUCAAGAUUGUGUCAUUGAAAAAUUCGAGUCCUCAGGGUGGUAUAGAGAGUGGUACUGUUGGCGGGGGUAUUAAGAUUCUGUCGAAGAAUUCUAGUCCUCCGGGUGGUAUAGAAAGUGGUGUUGGUGGGAUUAAGAUUGUGUCAUUAAAAAAUUAUAGUCCUCCAGGUGGUUUAGAGAGUGGUUUUGGUGGGGGUAAUAAUAUUGGUUUGUUGAAAAAUGCGAGUCCUGGUUGUACAGAGAGUGAUGUGGGUAUUAAGAUUGUGUCGUCAAAAUGUUCAAGUUCUCCAGGUGCUAAAGAGAGUGGUGUUGCUGGGUUAUCUCCAGAGGAGAAGAAGACAUGGGAACAAGAAGUGGUAUUGCCUCAGAGAGAAGUCAAGUAUAACAAGCAAGAGUUGGAGGCUUCUUUAGAGGUGGUCAAGAAGAUUAUGAAAAUGGAUGCUGCUGAACCCUUUAAUGUGCCAGUUGAUCCUAUCAAGCUAGGAAUACCAGAUUACUUUGACGUCAUUGAUACGCCAAUGGACUUUGGCACGGUCCGCAACAAUCUUGAGAGUGGAACCAAGUACUUGGAUUCUGAGGAUGUGUAUAAGGAUGUACAAUACAUAUGGGAAAAUUGCUACAAGUAUAACAAUAAAGGUGACUACAUUGUUGACCUUAUGAAGCGAGUCAAAAAGAACUUUAUGAAGUAUUGGAUGGCAGCUGGACUGUACACUCAGCAAACUAAGAAGAUAAUAGGUGGUGAAGACACUCCUCCGGAUGAGCCAGCAACUCCAGGUCAAGGAAGGAAGUUUAAGAAAGGCAAGGGAGUCAAGCGUCACAAAGAUGACUGUUUGUGUGCUAUAUGCAUUAUGAAGCGCCGGAGACAGGAGCGCGAGGCACGUGAGGCACAAGUGGCACUUGAAGUUGGAGGUCAAUCUGCCUCACCUCAAGUGAAACUGUCUAAAACUGGGAUGUCCGAAGAAUACAAGCAAGAGGACAAUUUACACGCUGAAAGUCCUGUGGAGGAUACCUCAUCUUAUAUGGAGACUUCUCCUGAUGGAGAUGCAGAUGCCGAAAUGGAAGAUGGAGGGAUGAGACCUGAUUCAUUUGCAUCUCAGUAUGAACAGGGGUCCGAUAUUCAUAGAGCUGAGUUUCGUGAUAAAUCUGAUAGAUAUGGAGAUAUUUCAGAAAAGUCAGUACACAGUGAUAAAGGGGAUACUGAGCUUUAUACUCAUUCUGAAGCAAACUUCCAGGAUGAAUCAGGGAGUAGAAUCAAGAUUGAUGCUCAGAAUCAAUCGUCGGUUCAGCCAGAAGCACAAGCUACAGAAUAUAUGCAACAGCGACAUGAGCUACUGGAGUUGGAGAAGAGACGGCAGAAGCAAAGAUUAUUAGAGACCUUCCGUGAUCUUGAAAAUCCUAUGCUCUUAGGGUUAUGUGGAACCCUUUUCCCAAACAAUGUGCAAACUGUUUGGAAUGGAGCUCACUCAUUGGUCCGAUGCCAGAGCUCAUGUAACAGAAAAGAAAUUUAUGAAGCUGUGUCCUCAUUCUUGAAUCCUUGUAAAUCUGCCGCCUCUUUGAAGUAAACUUUUUUCUUGCUUGUAUAUCGUAUUAGCAAAUAUUCUGAGCUUGAAGAAUUCAUUCCAGCAUUUUAGUGGUAUGAUUGCACAAAGCACCCAGUAAUACAAGAACAUAUGAAGGCUGCCGAAACAUAGAAGGAAGGUUGCGAGAAAGACAUUCUUUGACAUCAAUUAGCAAGCGUCAUGAUUUGUAAUGUUUGGUUCACGAUCUAAACGAACUGACAUUGAUUGGUCUGGUAUUGCAUUCAGAUCUUUUUGAAAAAAAAAUGGUUAUUAAGAUUGAAAAUGUAUUGACAUGUAUGAUUGUAACUUGUUAGUAGCAAAAAUUUAAGCAACAUAUGGGCAUGCUUACAUUGUCUUAAA